CAUCCACCAUCAGAAUUGGGAACAUGGGGUGGGGGCACCCUAGUGACAACAGAAUCUCAAUCUCCAGUACUAGAAAAGGUAAUCCUUCCCCUUCUCCCCACAUGAGGCCAUGGGAGAUGGCAGGGGCAAAACCAUGCUGGAGGGGGAGAAGGAGAUCUUGAGGAUGAGAGAUUUGGGCACCACCUUUCCCCCAAUCCCCUGAGCUCAUAAUAUGCCCCUCUUUGCUACUGUUCUUCCAAUUAAAAGCCACCCUCCUCCUGUCCACUUCCUGCUGGUAAAACCCCCCAACAUUUUUACAGUUGGUAACCACAGGCCCCCACACCCCCAUUCCUCCCCAGACACCAGCUUAUACUAUUAGCCCUCACCAUUACUCAUUCUUGAUGGAGAGAUUCUCCACAGGCUGGUAUAUACUAUGUGUCAACACAUGGUCUCAGAUCCUUCAAACACACAGACACACACAAAAUUACCUUUGUUAAAAGAUUGCAAGGUGGUACAUUGGUCAUGUGGGGCACAAGGGCAAAGCUCCCUAUCUGUUCUUUUGGACUCCUUUGAGUGCUUGCUCCUCCUCUCUGCUUUAGGACCAAUCCUCAUCAGCUGGCAUUGUUCAAUCAAUUCAAAGGAAAGUGGUCGUCGACUAGGACCGAUGCUCGACAAUGCAGGACGGUAUCUGUCGGCUCCAGAUUUAUUUUCUUUAUUUAUGUGUGCGUAGUUUGAGAUUCUCCUUUGGGUUUAUGCUUUUAAGCCAUAUGAUAUGUUGCUGAAACAUAUGAGAUGAGUUGCAGGUCACUGAUCACAGCAGUAGGAUGCUUGAGGUUGGCAAUGUAGGUUGUUUCUGGCCUCUCUUCCUUCCAAAUUUUGACAAGCCAUCGAGUACGUGAUCUUUCUGUUGCAGUGAGAAUUAUAGGUCAUGCCAGUUGGGCUUUCUGAGCAGUAUUGGCAUUGCUGUUGGGCAAGGUAGGAGCAAAUUUGGCAGUAUAUAAGGCCAGUGUCAAAUACAAUAAUUACUCUGGGGAGAGUGGCACUGGAUCCAGUGUCGUCAUCUGAGGUUCAAUGUUUUGGUUUUUUGGAGCGGGGCAAGUGUGUACGAGAUGUCGAGGUCGCUCGCAGCCAUGGUUGGAGGAGCUAUUGGUGCUCUUGCAUUCUUGGUGAUUGUCACUUGGUUUCUGUGGUUUUGUAUAUUCCACCGUAGGAUCCUAGCAAAUAGAAGUUCUGAGACUGGUUCGUCGGACCCUCCAACUAUAGAAUGGAGUAGGGGAGGUCGGAUGUCCUCUGCUGGUGGGGGUCAUGCAACUGAACAUCAGGGAGCUAGGCAAUUUACAUUUGAAGAAUUGAGCCAGGCCACAAAUAAUUUUGAUGAGUGCAACCUUGUUGGCAGUGGUAGCUUUGGCUUGGUGUACAAUGGUUUGCUUCUCGAUGGUACUAUUGUAGCGAUUAAAAGGCGUCAAAGUGCUCCACGACAGGAGUUUAUCGAAGAGGUUAAAAAACUAUCAGAAAUUUGCCAUCGCAAUCUUGUUGCUCUUAUUGGCUAUUGCCAGGAAGGCGGUUUACAAAUGAUAGUUUUUGAACAUUUGCCUAAUGGAAGUAUCAGCCGUCAUCUAUAUGAUAGUGCAAGAGAUCGAGUGGCAAGACUAGAAUUUAAACAGAGGCUCUCUGUAGCUAUAGGAGCUGCUAAAGGUUUAGCCCAUCUGCAUAAUCUUGUUCCUCAAGUAGUUCACAAGGACUUCAAAUCAAGUAAUGUCUUGGUUGAUGAAAACUUCAUUGCAAAGGUAGCAGAUGCAGGUAUAGCUCAAUUACUUCAGAGGCUUGAAGAUGCUGGCCCAUCUCAAUCAUUUGGUGGCAAUGUCUUCCAGGAUCCAGAGGUUGAAGAAUUUGGUGCUCUUUCUGAAGCUAGUGAUGUGUACAGUUUUGGAGUGUUCCUUCUGGAGCUCAUAACUGGUCGAGAAGCUGCACAUUUUUUCUCUCCAGAGUCAGAUGAAAGCUUAGCCCAGUGGGUGGAAGCACAUCUGAUUUCAAAAGACCUCCUUGAUCAACGACUGGGUAGCAGUUUUACCCCUGAAGGGAUGAAAGAUUUGAUUAAGCUAACUCUUCAAUGCUUGAAUCCAUCUGGGAGAAAACGACCGAAGAUGAGUGCUGUUGUCGCAGACCUUGAUCUGAUUCUGGAGACAGAGAUGACGCUGACAACAGUUAUGGGUGAUGGUACUGCCAUAGUGACCCUGGGCAGCCAGUUGUUUACUUCUUCAUGAAGAACAGAACACCCAUUGCCUAAUAAUCAGCACCAGGUGCAAUCUUAUUCAUCAAAGGACCUGUGGCUGUUUGUUUUUUGGACAGUGCAGUGUACCUGCUUUGCAGCCCUGUAUAGCAGUGAUUGCUGUACAUUAUUAUCAUUUUUUCUCCUAUAAUGUGCAGUAAUAGCAUUCUAUUGAAGAUAACAAAAAUAUUUGCAGCUACAAAUUGGUGAGCUCAGGAUUUGAUAUAGGAUAUCUUGUUAAAUUCAAGCUCUGUGCGUUAUCCAUCUAAAAACCAUUACUGAGUUUCU